AUGACUCAGAAGAUCGUCCAAACGACCGAGCACAUGCUCUCGGUCGCCAGAGCCACCAUCAAACAACAGGAGGAGGAAAUUCGUCAGUUGAAGCUUGAUGUGCGCCGACUUCAACAAGAGACGAAGACCAAGAAACAACCCACACCGCUUCUACGAGAUCGUAAUUCGCGCAGCAGUGAAGAUAAUAGAUCUCAGACAGCGUCGGAUUCCGCACCCUAUGCCCGCCCGACAAGAGCGUCCCUGCUACGGCAAUCAACACCGUCUACUUCGAGCGGAGCCUCCACCCCGGCUACAUCUGUUUCCUCGUCGUCCUGCAGCUCCGCUACCACCAAACAGGCACCAAAGACCGUCGUCAUUCAGGGAACGACUUACACAUACAAGAAUGGCAAGCUGGAAGCAAGUGGCCCUGGCUAUCUUAGGUCUACCUACGCCUCAAUCAACAAGUUCGGUGAGCACGAGCGCCGAAGAGAGUGGGACUACGGCGUAUGCCGCCCACCUCCCAUCGACUAUUGGUGCUACCCUAGGAUCACACCUCUCCCUGGCUCGACGGUUUGGUGCGAUGAAGCGCUUCGACCACAGAAGUCGAUGGAGAUCUUGUCAGAGGAACAGCUUAAAGACAAACUCGAACGGAGACAGCUCGCGAUACGGACACGACUAUCUGACAACGCCUGGCUCUCGGAGCGCGCCAACAACGUGUGCAUUGACCACGACGAGACGGGCGACAUUCUACAGACAGCUGAGGACCUGGCAAAGUGGUGUUUAUACCAAUAUUUGUGCACCCAUCACCCUCGAAAAGCCCCGUUCUACUUCUCGGACCUCGACUUUGGCCGGGACGGCUUGAGAGACUUUUACUGGAGCAAGGCCUUCAACUACCGAGCCACCACAGAUUCGACAGUCGUUCAACACCUGGAGUGUUUGAUCCAGCUCAGGAAUACAGUACAUCACUUCCACGGAGGGUCUUGUGGUCUGGGACAAGUCGACAUGCAUCUCUCCACUGUACAGGAACUGGCAGUUCUUCUGUACGAUGAAGAGAGCGCAUUCACUGCCCGGGCUCUGAGGGAUCGGCUUCGUCGGGGGGCUGAGAAGGUGGCGAGCGAGAUCGAGACGAUUGAACUCCUGAAGGCGCUGUCUUUUGAUGAAGGCUGUACGUGGAGACUUCACCACAUCGAGCUGUUCCGUAACGUUUGCAAAGCAUACAAGCCAAUAGAUGAGGCGAAUGCUCGCAAGAAUUACUCCCCGGCAGUCGUCCACGGCGCCAUGGAGUUUGCUGAGGGAAAUCCCGACCUCAUCUGGGACCAGGAGCCGAAACUGGAUGCGAGCCUGGCAAGGGUGCGAAGGCUGGCGAGCGCUGGCAGCAGAAGUCAACAGAAGUCGGAUUCAGAGGGUCGUCAGGGUCGUUUGAAUAACGAGGCCAUCCCGAAGCGUUGGAGGACUUUAUCCACGAGCGGUCCUCGAGUGCUCCUUGAGAAGCCUGCCCGCACACAGGACAAAGCCCGCCGGGGAAGCUUCAGCAUCUGGGAAGAGGACAAGUCCAUUGAACGUCACGCGUGGAUGAAUUCUGAAGCAUCUGUCAGGAUGGGGACUUGGAAAUUGGGAUUGUGGAUGUAG